AUGGCGACAUCCAUCCAACAUGAUCUGGUCUCGGCAGUUGAACAUGAAAUUAGUUGUCCCAUCUGCUUUGAGGACUUUGAAGAACCCAAAUGCCUCCCAAACUGUGCUCAUAAUGUAUGUCAACAGUGCUUACAAGGGAUGGAAAAGAAAAGAAACAACGUUCUCGAAUGCCCGGUUUGUCGAGUCGAGUCUGUUAUUCCGAAGGGUGGAGUCGCAGCUUUUCCAAAGAAUCAUUUGUUGGUUCGAUUGAUCGAGCAAUCACCUGGACGAAAAGAAAAACGUUACCUCAAAGAAGCUGUGAAACGCUGCAAGGAAAAGCUGCAAGGGGCGAAAGAUUCCCUUACAGAGAUGGAGAAACGCUAUGUUAAUAGCAAAACAAAACGUGAUGAGAUGAAGCAGCGCAUUCAAUCUUUGGUGGAAGGAGUUGUUAAGACGGCACGUGAGCAGGAACAAAAAAUGCUUGAUGAAAUCAAUUCACGAUAUGAUCAAGAUGAAGGAAUAUACGAGACUCUGCAAUCCAGUGCCAUGGAAUUAUGUGAAAAUGCGACUGAAUGCAUUGAGACUGUGCAAGGCAUCAUACAAAAUGGAGAAUUAAAGGAUCUUAAAGACCUUAAGGAUGCUUUGGCUGAACAGGUAAAUGAUUUAAGCGAGUGCUUGGAGAUGCGGAUGUUGGAGGCAAAUAGUGAAUUUACACAGCCCUUCGAUAUUUCAUUGACUAACACUGACUUAGCUGAGAAGUUCAUUGAUGAGGAGUUUUCACUUGGUAAACUUAGCAUAAACAGUUUUAAAAUCACUGACCAAGCUGAAACUCCUCAAAAUAUUCUCACAGCUUUUGUCCCUUCAGUAUGGACAGUUACUGAAGUCAAGCCAAUACCAGCUGUAGUAUCAGGAGUUGAAGAAUGUCCAAGUUCCGGCACCUUGAUUCAACGUAUAGACAGUUUUUCAUGUGGGAAAGAAGAUUUUGAGCCUUUUUCAGUAGCAGCUUCCAGACAUUCUGGAGAGUUUGCAGUUUUGGAUAGAGAAAAUAAGCAUGUACACAUAUUUAACGAGGAUGGGGCAAUCAUCAACAGUUUUCGCGUGAGAUAUGGUGACCUCUUUGACAUUGCCUUUUCAAGUGAAGAUGAAAUAGUUGUUGUAAAUCGUGAAAGAAACCGCCUCUUACAUUAUGACUAUUUUGGGAAUUUCCACAAGAAAGUCAUGUCUGCUUCUAAAGAAAAUGUAAAAUUCACCUCAUUGACAGUUGAUGUUCAUGGACGGUACAUCAUUUCUUCUCGGCCAUACUAUAGUCACGAGUAUCAAGGUGAAACCUCACCGUGCAUUCUUGUUUACUCUUCAUCUGGAAACCUCACCUUGUCAUUUGGUGAGGAUGACCUGGUCUCACCAAAAAGGGCAGUGUUUUUGAAUGGUAAAUUUUAUGUAGCAGAUUCUGAACGAGAGGAAGUGCUAGUAUUUGACAAAAGUGGUUCUGUAGUUGAUACUCUUGGUGGCUAUGAGUUAGGAAUGCCAUCUGGCAUAACUGCUGACCAUAAUAAUAGAAAUCUUCUGGUAAGUGACACAUCAAAUUCCGAGGUGCUUGUUUACAACCAAAGUGGGGAUUUUCUGGAUUGUUUUGAUACAGGAGAAGAGCCCAUUCAAAUUGCCGUCACCAAGUUUCGGGAAAAUUUGCUAGUUUGCACUGGCUUGUCUAUACUGGUCUUGGCACAUUCUUGUCAGUUAUAA